AGUUGAACCAAGGAGAAAAGAACUGCAGGGUUUCUGCAAGUUCCAAUUUCUAUUUUAAUUUUGCCUCUUCGACCCUGUUAAAGUAUCUCUCGUCUGCGUCUCCCCUUUUCACGAUGCCCGUCGUUGCAGGUCCUCCUCAAGGCCACGGCCCCUCUACUUUCGACAAAAUGAAGAUGGGUGCUAUGAUGGGAUCCACGGUUGGUGGCAUCAUGGGCUUCAUCAUCGGAACUGUCACCAUCUUCCAGUAUGGUGCUGGACCCAAUGGUGUCAUGCGGACCUUGGGUAAAUAUAUGCUUGGCUCUGGCGCCACUUUCGGUCUCUUCAUGUCCAUUGGCAGCGUCAUCCGUACCGAAGGACCUCACAACGAUGCCUGGCUCCGCGCCCGGGGACCACCCAUGAUGCUUCCCCGCCAAAGCCCUCUCCGGCCCGCGCGUCAGUAGAUGCUCAACCAUUGAGCUUUGCGCGGCAGUCGAGCGGUGGGAACGUGAAAACCCCCACUUGUGAUCUGUACAAUAGCAUUUAACCUGAUGAGCAAUUUAUAUGGCCGAUGGAACCCAGACGGCCGACAGUUAAUUCUGGCGAAGAGAUUGGAGGAGACAGAGAAUUAUCGCUGCAUAAUGUACAUACAGUUUGAGCAUCGGGACGGACUGAUGACACCUUUGGCCCGGUGACAGGAUGUCUCUUGGUGUUGCAACGAGGCUAACCGAUUAAUGGAGGACGGUCACGAACUCACGACUUGAAGAAUCCAGUAGUCUAUUGACUCAAAAUACCAUGACUGGGUGUAAUAGAGUAAGCACCACAGGGUCUUAACAAAUAGAAGGGAAGAACCGAUGAUACGACUUGCGAGCACUCUGGUAUCCACGACUUGGGGCGUAUUAUGGUGGUGCUAUAAUUUAAACUUGAA